GUGGCAGCCCUAUGCAGUAGCCUUGUCUUAUAUAUCCUCUCCCCAGCCACGCUACAUUUUCUCCACUGCCCUUUGCCUGUUUCCAUCUCCGUGUUCCUGCCACUGUUACCCGAUUUCACAACUGGGUUGGAUGAGGGUUGGUGGCAGCGUGCUGGCCUGGGAGUGCUGCUGCUCCUGUGUCUGCAUUCCCUGCCUCGCUUUCUCUGCUUGCAUAAACCUUCUCACUGAGGCACUUUGUGUUCUACACAAAGCACAGGCACUUACAUUUAUACCUUUUAAAGUUCCUAUCAAUAUUUAUUAUGAUGGAUAAUUGGAAUAACAGAUAUUUACUCUGUUCCCUGAAUUUGCAUUCAUUUUGCCUGAUUGCCUGAUAUCAGCUGGGAGAACUUAGAUCUGUAGGAACGAGAAGCUUCUUUACUAUGAGUGGUGAGGUGCUGGAACAGGCUGCUCAGAGAGGCUGUGGAUGCCCCAUCCCUGGAGGUGUUUAAGGCCAGAUUGGAUGGGGCCCUGGGCAGCCUGGUCUAGUAUUAAAUGGGGAGGUUGGUGCCCCUGCCUAUGGCAGGAGGGUUGGAGAUUCAUGAUCCUUGAAAUCUCUUCCAAUCCUGGCCAUUCUGUGAUUCUACAGAGCUCUGCAUUUCUGUCCCUUCUGCCCACAAAGCUUUUUGUCAGUACACCUCCUGCCUUCUUGUUGUGGCUCUUAACAGUUUCCAGCCACCUCAGGCUGGGGCAGGAGGCCUUCAGCGUGCAUAUCUGUUCUCUUUCAGAGCCAUCCUUUCUCCUCUUCCCCAUCCCCGCAGCCUGCCAUUGCCUGCCCACCUGGCAAGUCAGAGCAUGUCUGGCCCCCCUGGACAAAAUGCAGAAGAUGGCAGAGCUGCUGAAGCUCGUGGAAGAGCAUGAGGAGGGGGCUCCGGGGGCUCCUUUGCUCACUGACUCCUGCUUGGCAGACAACAGGCUCACUCUGGAUGUUUAUCCGGAUGGCUGCUGUCGGCUGCUCCAGCUGUUUGAGAGGCAACUGGCAGAGGUGGUGCAGGUGGAGCUCCUCCGGCUCAGCAGUAACGAUCACUUGCUUGAUGCUGCGCUGAUCAUCCUUCCGUAUCUGAAGCGCCUGAAGUCCCUGGUGCUCAAAGGUGGCCAUGUCAGAGAUGAAUUUGGUUCAUGUCAGCACGGCUCCCUGACAAGCUUGCCACCAGGUAUUGGGACCCUGAGAUGUCUCACUCACUUGGAUCUCAGCUUCAAUAGUCUCUCCACCUUGCCCAGCUGCAUCCCUUACCUCACCAGCCUCCGCAUGCUCUUGGUGAGCCACAACAACUUGGUGGCUCUUCCUGAGAACUUCGGCUCACUGAGCAAGCUGACUUUCUUCUCUGCUAUGAAAAAUCAGCUGAAGCGCUUACCUCAGAGCAUCGGGGAGCUGGCAGCACUGGAGGAACUGGAUCUCUCAGAAAAUGUGUUGGAACAUCUCCCUGAAGAGGUUGGAAAUCUGCACAGCUGCACAGAACUGGAUCUCUCUGGGAAUCAGCUAUCAAGCAUCCCAGAUUGUUUAGCCAAUUUGAAGUCUCUGCGGCGGCUGCAUCUUCACAGCAAUCUUCUGGUGACAGUCCCUGCAUCGCUCGCCAGCCUGCCCAAUUUGUCCAGGCUUGAUCUGCAGAACAACUUCCUCCGUGCUGUCCCCCCUGAGAUACAGGCUGCGCCAUUUGUGCACCUCCGAGGCAACCCCCUAGGAGAAGCUGAGCUGUCCCUGCAGGCUGAUGAAUCCAGUGCCACAGAGCUACCAAGACUGUUCCUUGCAUCGGAAGAGGAUAGUUUCACAGUGACCUCUGAAGGCUGCGAAGUGUUCCUGGCCUGUGGCAUCCGUUUCUACUUUCCGCCAGAGGCUGCCUCUGACCCUCUGCGGAUCUACUUCCGAACCUUGGCACCAGACCCUCAGUGGGUGAAGCUGAGACACCAUGAUGUCCUGCUGAGCAAAGUCCUGGAGUUGCAGCCUCAUGGGGUCAAAUUCCAGCAGGAGGUAGAGAUCUGGAUGCCAUAUGCCUCUCCAGAAACUCUUCAUGAGCGUGAGGUGGUUGUUCGGACCUUUAGUGGGCAGAGCUGGAGUGACCUGAGAACACGAGUGGAGAAGAGUAAGAAGGAUGUGGCUCGUUGUAGUGUUCUUCACUUCUCCUGGUUCCUUGUUGUGUCUCGACUUGUGCAAAAUGAAUGCAAAGUGUCAACAGAGGGGACAUUGCUCUUUUCCAGUGUGGAUCCAAACAUCAAAGUGACCUUCCCUCCUGGAGUCACUGAAGAGACUCGCAGUGUCAAACUGCAGGUUCUGCCAGUCUCUGCAGAAGAGAUAGCGGAACUCACAGCUGAUGCAGGAUGCAAAGCCAGUCCUCUGCUCUGCCUCUCCCAGGAUUCCCUGGUAGAUUUCCUCAGACCUGUGAGAAUUCAGCUCCCGCUCCCACUUGGGGUUACAGGGUUAAACUUGGAUUGGUCAAGGCUGCAUCUUCUUUGUGGGGAUGUGGAAGGCCAAACUUGGGAUGACAUCACCAAUGAAGUGAUGCUGGAACUCACUCAUCUCUGUGCAGUAUUUGAAGUCACCCACUUCUCCUGGUACUGGCUGUGGUACACCACCAAGACCUACAUUGGAGGCAUUGCCAAGAAAGUUUAUGAGCGGUUACGUAUGUACCAGGUGAACUUCAUUGCUCUGCAGAGGAAGAAGGAUCCUGAGCAAGUCCUGCUACAGUGUCUCCCCAAGCACAAGGUUGACCCAGUGCUGAAGAAGCUGCAGGACCGCUACCGAGGACCUGAGCCAUCUGACAUGGUGGAAAUGUUUGAAGGAGAGCAGUUCUUUGCAGCUUUUGAGAGAGGCAUCAGCAUCGAUAUGGAUCGCCCUGACUGUGUGGAUGGACGUCUCUCAUUUAUUUUUUACUCCCACUUGAAGAACAUGAAGGAAAUCUACGUGACUUCCCCCGUAGACAGGAAAGGCCAAGCUGUAAAAGGCCAGGUCUCUUUCUAUCGAGGGGCAAUUCCUGAGAGCAUUCCUGAAGAUGCCAGCAGGAGGAGGAGAGGACCAGACUCCCUCUGGCUCGCUACUUUACCAAUCAAACUGCCUAGAUUGAAACCCCGUUGGGGUGAGACCUCCACUUCAUUGAAUGGCUUCUCCUUCCCUCCCUUGAACCUGGGCAAUGCUGAGACUGGCUACCUGACACAGGCAAACCUGCUGAGCAUUGCCAGGCGUGUGGGAGCUGACUGGCAGACCAUUGGCCUGAACCUGGGCUUGACCUAUCAACAGAUUGAGCGCAUAGGAUACAAUAACAGAGAGGACCUUGAUAAGCAAAUCCUGGACAUGCUUUUCUCAUGGGCCCAGCAAAACUCAGAGGAUCCCAACUGUGUGAGCAAGCUGAUCACAGCCAUGAAAGAGAGUGGCCGCCAGGACAUCGCUGAUGAGGUCGAAAGCAUCAUUGAGCUGGGACGGCAGAAAUACAGGGAGUCCAUCCGCCGCGUGGGCUUGGAGCAGGAGAGCAGCACUGAAGACUCUGCGAUAGCCAUGACAUAGCUCCUAGCAGAAGGGAAUGGGCUUUAUCAGAGGGGAAUCUCGAGUUCUAAACAAAACCUAAGGAGUUUUGCUCCAACAGGCUUGUUUGCUCCUGACAGGCUUGUUACAUGAGACUUGCAAGCUGUGUCUUUGACAGACUUCCAGUUUUAUUUUACAAACACGUGCAACUCCAUAAUCCUGAAGAGGCCUUAACUUGCCUGAAAGUAAAUUUUCCCUUGCACUUUCCAAGAGAGAUUCCUCACAUCCUCUUUGUGAGAUGUGCCUGUGUACUAGUAAAAAAGUUUGCAGAGCUUUGUGAAAAGCAUGAUGUAAGUUUGCAUUUUAGAAACUGGUCUGGCCAGCUGUAACAUUAGCACUGUCGUGGGAUUAGCAUCAACUGUGCUGAGCAAACUUCCCAGUUUUGUGAUCUGAAUACCUUGUAAAUGGCUGUAAGCAUUUAUUGCUUUUUAACUGUGCAGUGACUGACUACUGAUGUGCUCUUCUCUUCCUGUUACACAUCUCAUAAUGUGCCUCAACUAAUGGCCCACUAAUGGCAGUGGGAAGUUGCACACAAGCUGUUUGGAUGUCUACUGUAAUCUAGGUAUGUUCAGCUCAUUCAGAAUAGGUUUGGAUUCAGCAUAUCCCAUCCUCUAAGCAGUAUUUAAAGGGAUAUUCUCAGUCUGAGAGCUUGUAUAAAAAUGUCAGCUUGUAACAUCCAAAAUCAACCCACAGCUUCAGGUCUGGUGCUUUCUUCCCCUUUUUCCCCAGUGAAUAAUCAUCAGUGACCAGAUGCUGUAUUUCAGACAUGCAAACAAUGCUACUGAAAGAGGGGCAAUAAAAUGAUUCUUUUUUCUUGAGACAUUCUAUCAUCUCAGGCCAUGGAGUGCAUGGAAUGAAUGCUACAGCACUGGACAAGGACUUUUAGACUUGAGCUGUAGCCUUCGGCCUAGGGACUUACUCAGAGCUGAUCUCUUAGGCCAUGCUACCCCUCAGGUUUUGUGCUGGGUUUGUGUCAGCAGUUGUCUUUUGAGUGUGUGUAAUCUCUGGUAGUGUGUCAUAAGUUCUUGCCUGGAAUUUUGAUGUAUACCAACAAGGUAUUUGUUUUUAACUCCAGUUCUGGAGAGAUGCAUUCGGGCAUAUUGCUCUCAUUGGAAAUAAAAUAAGCACUUAAUUAUUUCAUGUCUCUACACGGUCUGCUAUUCCAUUUGAGGUAUGUCAGACAGAGCUGGGUCCCUUUAUGCUUGCUGUCAGAAAUACACUGGUGAGCUGGGCAGUGCUGCAUGGAAAUGAGGAGGAGAGCUCUUGUUUGAGUACCCCUGGCUGCAGGACAGACUGGAACUGACUUAAUGGUGUCAUCAUAUGUUAGCUUUGUUGUGCUAAAGAGGAGCUAACCAGGAAACACGUUCAGGAUAUAAGCUUGAAGGACUGAAAGUAUGACUGGGGCUCAUCGGGAGCAGAUCUGGGCAGCACCAGCUGCUGGAGGGGGUGGUGGGCUGAUGUAGGAGAUAGGACAAAAGAUAGACAUGCCAAAGCCUAGGCGGUGUCAUUAGAACUUGUGCAGAUAGCAUGAGAGGGAUGUUAAGUAACUACCUCAGAGAUGUAUCAUUAUCUCCAGUCUGCUGCUGCAUAGCAGCUGCUGGGCUGGGUGGCCUUGGUGGUAGUAGGUUUUCUUCUUGCAGUGACAGGGGAGAUUUAGGUUGGACAUAAGGAAAUACUGCUUUUCUGAAAGAGUGGUCAGGCAUGGAAUGGGCUGCCCAGGGAAGUGGUGCAGUCACCAACCCUGGAGGUGUUCAAGGAACAUUUGGAUUUUGUGUUGAGGGACAUGGUUUAGUGAGAACUAUUGGUGAUAGGUUGGACUGGAUGAUCUUGAAGGUCUUUUCCAACCUUAGUGUUUCUGUGAUUCUGUGACACUAAGAGAAGCACUCAGCUGACAAUAUGGAGGUGCUGGGAAAUCAGAGCAACCCCCCAGCUGCUCUUUUCUUCAGCUGACUUGGCAUCAAAUAUUUGCACUGGAUGAAAGUCAACAAGAAACUUGUUCUUUCCAGGUAUGUUAUCUUUAUCCUUAAUCUCUUGGAGACAGGUAACUCCAUCUUAAGCCUGUAGUUGCUAUGGAUGGAAAAUGCUGGUUACAGUUGCAGUACAAGGUUGAAGGAGCAAAAAAAAUGAAGUAGCAUUUGUCUUCUGUUUCCAAUUUUCUUAUUUUCUUAUUUGUUUCUAAAUAAAGACACUAAUUCAUUACAAACAGAAGUAUUCCCUUUUGCUUCCUAGCUACUAUUUACCUUUUCCAGGUGUCUUUCAGGCACCUCACACUAUCCUCCUGAUGAUUUAGAUUUUACUGUGCAUGAACCUUCUUGUAAAACAAAGAAGCAAACAUGUAUAUAAAAUAAAGGCUACAUAUAUAUACA